CCGAAAAUGAGGAAAGCUAGGUUUUUGACAAGUGGAAGUUUUGGGAGAGGAUUUAGUACUACUCCGAAGCGUUGGAUACAAGGAAUGAGUGCGAUAGGACCGACAGAGAUGGUCAGUUAUCAGAGAGACUUGAGGGUAAACCAACAAAAGAUUUCAAAGGCUACUAACAAGAAGCUAGGUGGAACUAAUCUACACAAAAGAAGUCUGAUUUCGUUCUUCAAAGACUACCAACAGCUGUUUAAUCAAAAGAACUUUAUCGAGAAGAUCAUCCCAAGAAAGAUAGAGUCUCAUGAGCAACUAGAGAAGAUGGGCUGCACUCUUUACGAAGGAUCUUAUGAGACUGACCUAGAGAGCGCUAACAAGGCUCUUAUUGAUCCCCUUUAUGAAUUACUUGACCUUGGAGGCAAAAGAUGGAGGCCAGUUUAUGGCAUGGUCAUUGCAAAUGAUUAUGGAAUGGACCUAGAUGGACCAAAGAGUGACCCCUUGUACCAUGUCCUUGCCGGAGCAGAAAUCUUACAUAAUGCUAGCAUCAUUAUUGACGAUAUUGAAGACCAGAGCUUGAUGAGAAGAGGAGCUCCUUGCGCUUAUUUAAAAUAUGGUCAAGACAUUGCAAUUAACAUGGGAAAUUUUGUGAUGACUACUGUUCUGACUGACUUCGUUGAGAACUUUAACUAUGUCCCAGUUGAGUUAAAGAUGAAGAUGAUUUCUGAACUAACAAAAGAGAUAAGCUGUCUCCAUUUUGGUCAGAACUGGGAUAUUUGCUGGCACAAUAACUAUAAACUACCUACUCAGUCAGAAUACUUCCAAAUGUGUGCUAGCAAGACGAGUGUCAUUCCAAGGCUGAUCACAACAAUGGUAGGACUCCUCAACAAAGAUAAUCCUACAAGGAUCAAGAAACUGAGAAACAUGAUUAACGAUCUCGGAAUUGCAUUCCAGAUCCAAGAUGAUAUUAUUUCCCUUGAAAGUGAUGUUUAUGCUAAAUCUAGAGGUAUUUUUGGGGAAGACAUUCAUGAAGGAAAAAGAACUCUCAUGGUAAUCCAUUCUGUCGAAAAUCUCCCAAAAAGUGAUGGAAAGAGGCUCAUAGAUAUUCUUAACAUGAAAACAGAUAACGAUGAUAUUAUUCGUGAAGCUAUUCAAAUGAUCCAGUCAACUAAAAGUAUUGAAUAUGCUAAAAGCGUCUCUUUCAAUCUGAUAGAAAGCUACUAUAAAGACAUGGAAGAAGUGAUGCACAGAGAGAUAACUAAAGGCCAUCUGAAAGGAUUUGCUAACUAUCUCAUAAACAGAGAUAUGUAAAGCUAUAUACAAUAAUUAAUCAUAUUCACCCACUUUCUA